AUGCGAGGCACCGCCGCGCCGGCCCGCCCGUGGCCUGACGCGGCUGCCGUGGCGCCGGUGCCAGUGGAGCGCUCGCGGUGGGGUGGAAGCGAGGGGAGGGGGUACGCUGUCCGGGCUGGGACGGUUUGUGGAGGGAGUGGAUGUGGUGAUGACUGCCAUGAGGGGUGGCGGCUUUAUGCCAACGGCGAAGCCGAUGGCCACGGGGGAAACAGUGGCCGAGAGCGAGUGCCUGGGGGAGGGGGGAGCUGCGGUGUGGAUGGCGACGGCGCGGGCGCCGAGGGGAUGAAAAGUAUCCGCCCGGAUUUGGACCCCUCGGCCCCGCGGCCUCGACGCCCUUUUCAGUUAAUCCAACCCGCACUCGACGCCAAGUGGCGACCGGUUGCCCCGGUGGCGGCGGCGGCGGCGAGGGGCGGGGCGGCACGUCUUCGCCUUGUUCGAGGCGUGCAACGCCGUGUGAGAUUGGUGGGACGCUCAAUAGAAAGACAAACACAACGUAUCUCGAGUAAUUUGCAAAUGUUCCCGCAGAUGAAAUUCCGUGUGUCCGGGCUGGACGCGAAGGCAAAGUACAUCCUUCUGCUGGACAUCGUGGCCGCUGACGACUACCGCUACAAGUUCCAUAACAGCCGCUGGAUGGUGGCGGGCAAGGCGGACCCCGAGAUGCCGAAGCGAAUGUACAUCCACCCUGACUCGCCCAGCACCGGCGAGCAAUGGAUGCAGAAAGUCGUCUCCUUCCAUAAGCUUAAACUGACUAAUAAUAUCAGUGACAAGCACGGCUUUAUUACGCAGCUGAAGAUCGACAACAACCCGUUCGCCAAGGGCUUCCGGGACACCGGCGCAGGCAAACGGGAAAAGAAGCGGCAGGCGCUGCUGGCGGCGCAGCGCCACCCGGACGACGGCGCCUCGCGGCUGGCGG